AACUAGGUCAACAUUAACCCACCUGUGACCUUCUAAAUAUAUAUACAAGUGACGGGUUUUAUAAGACAUACUAAGUCAUCGUUUGACCUGUAACCAAGCCCUAUUUUUCAGAAUAUUGAGGGACUCUAACAAUGCCAGCAGAAAAUCUUAAAGAACCAGAUAAAGACGAGCCUGCCCCGCCACCCCCUUAUGAGGAGGUGUGUUCCAUGCCGGGGCACCACUCGGUGCCCGUCCACCCCCCUCAGCCUUACGACCUGAGCUCCUUUGCUUCACCAAGCGAUAUGAUGGUUACCCCUCAUUGUUACCCACCGCCAUCUUCUCUGAUGCACGGAGCUUACGACUCGCCCCAGCCCUUCAUGUAUGGGUACCAAUCUCAACACCAAGGACCACAACGCCAAGUGUUCACGCCGCAUGAUUUACAAGUUCUGGCUCGGAUGAGAGACCGCCCUGUGACUCUAAUGGCAAGAGUUCCAAUGGAUUCACAAAGAAGAAAAAUAUACAUCAAGGUUUUCACCCUGGUGGGAAUAGUCAUCGCCGUCGUUUGUAUCAUUUGUGCCUUUCAGUGGUAUCGUUAACAGAUCCACCUCAGUCCCGGGGCAGCAUUAUUCCAAGAGGAACGGGGUGGGGGGGGGGGGGGGGUAUACAUGUAGCACUGAUUACAACAGGUCUUUUAUAAAGUUUUUCUUUCUUUUUUACUCGGGGGGUAUUUAGCUACUGGAGAUUAUGUGAUGGAUUAAGGAUAACUCUCCUAACUGUGAUGUAAUCACAAACCAAAACUGGUUUGAACCAAAAGGUCAUAAACUUUUCACCUUUACAAUCAUGCUUUAAAAAAUACACAGCUUAAAUAGAUCCUUCAAUAAUCUGCAACUUUACUCGUUUUAUUUUGCCAUUCAGCCACUGCGCAUAAUAUAGAACUAUUUUGUCAUGUUUCCCCAUAUUGGUGAAUUUAAUGACUAUUUUACAUUACCUGUAUUAGGGUAUUUAUAAACACAUUGUGAUAAAUCACCCAUGUAUCCCUUCAUGUUAUUAAGUACAUGUACAUUUCUCCACCAAAUACUGCAUGUAAACGUAUCACAUUGGGUGUAGUCAGAUUCUUGUAUGUAUUUUUAUAUGCGUGUUUUUAUUUUAUACCAUAAAUUUCAAAUUUCAAA